GAGGGGAUUUGGGCUUGCGCAUGGCAGAUUGCGCACAUGGAGGAUUAUCCCGUUGGUAGGGAACGUGUCCGUGUUGCUCUUGGCCUCGGAGAUCACAUGGUCGGAAAUUGUCCAGUUCAGUUUGACGUCGGCCUCCUUUGCGUUUUUGUCGUCCGCCACUCAACGCUACGCCGUCCACUCGUUCAUUGUGCAAAAUGGCCCAAGACAUUUUCGGAGGCGUUGAAGGAGGUGCUAGUGUGUCAUCGAUAGUGUUGCUUGACAGCAAUGGAAAAUGCCUAGCAGAAGCCUUUGGCCCAGGAACAAAUUUUUGGACUAUAGGAAUGGUGGAGACUAGAAAUAGGAUAGUAACAUUGGUUGAAAACGCCUUGAAGAAAGCAAACCUUCCCACAAACACGAAACUCAAAUGUUUAUGCCUCAGCCUUAGUGGGAUUGCAGAGGAGUCGAGCACUGAAGAGCUUGAAAGAGGUUUUUUUGAGAACUAUCCAGGUCUUUGUGACCAGUAUGUGCUUUGCAGUGACACAAUGGGACCAUUGGCCACUGUAAAAGAAGGCGGUGGGGUAGUUUUGAUAGCUGGAACUGGUUCAAAUGCCCUUGUUAUCAAUCCAGACGGAACUCAAUUCAGUUGUGGAGGCUGGGGAUACAUGCUUGGCGAUGAAGGCUCAGCUUACUGGAUAUCGCACAAAGCACUCAAAAUCUAUUUCAACCAUGCAGAUCGACUUGAAACUGUACCAUACGGAUACGAUACGGACAUCCUUUGGGAAACUAUCAAGACAUUUUUUGGAAUUAAAAAUAGACUGCAAUUGUUGCCGCACUUGUACAAGAAUUUUGAUAAGUCCAAAUUUGCACAACUAUGCAAAGUCCUUUCGGAGAAGGCAAGGGAAGGCGAUUUGCUGUGCAAAUGGAUAUUUGAGAAAGCGGGGGAAGAGCUUGCUAAAUACUUAACUGCCCUUUCACACAAUAUUGUCCCGGAAUUACUGGAGGCCGAAGGUGGCCUAGCGGUCGUCUGCGUUGGGUCCGUCUGGAAAAGCUGGGAUUUGCUCAGGACCGGUUUUAUGAAUCAAUUCCAACAAGAUUCAGGGAAAAUCACGCAAUUUUCCCUCUUGGUACUUCAGAGGUCUGCUGCUAUCGGCGCAGCUUACAUGGCUGCCAAUGCCGCCUGUUGCAACGUUCACAAAGAUUAUGAAAACAAUUAUAAAACAUUCCAUCAUCACAAAAAGGUUUAAAAUUUUCGUAUGUAAAAAUGAAUUGCGACCCCACCCAGAGGGUUCGGAAAUGUGUUAUUUUAUUUUAAUCAAGAAAAAAGUUGAUUCUACUGAAUGCUGUUAUCAUUGGUAGGAAUUGAUUUGUUCCUGGUUGUACAACAGCACAAUCUGUGAAAUAAUUUACUUUUUGUCUAAACAAAUAGUCUUCCAAAAUAUUUAAGAAAAAACAAAAUAAACGUUUGAGUUUCAAUUCAGAUAAAGUAACCAAUUUCAAAAAUUGUGAAUAAAGACUAGAAAUUGAAUUCCUGUGAUAUAUAAAUAGAUUUUUUUCACUACGCCAAUGGAAAA